AUAGGAAAAUGUACAUAAAACAAUUCAUAAUUCCAGAGGCCAACCACUAUAAAUUGAAAGCACCCAUCUGAGAUAGGCAAACACUCAACACAGAAGCAAUUUACAAGGCACAAGGUUACAUACACGGACUAGCUUACAUUCACAAUUUGCUUCAAGAAUGAGCAACAGCACCACCAUGGAUUCAAAGAAGUCUAACAAGAUCAGGGAGAUUGUGAGGCUUCAACAGAUUCUCAAAAAGUGGAGAAAGAUCGCUAACUCGCCAAAAGCGAGCUCCAAUACCAUCAGCAGCAGCAACAAGAGCAUCAAGUUUCUGAAAAGAACACUUUCUCUAUCAGAUAAAACAGGCAGUACCUGUGAAGCUUCUAACAAUGCUCAUGUCCCCAAAGGCUACCUUGCUGUUUGUGUUGGAGAAGAGCUCAAGAGAUUCGUCAUUCCAACAGAUUAUCUUGGCCGUCCUGCUUUUCAGUUUCUGCUGAGAGAAGCUGAGGAGGAGUUUGGGUUUCAACAGACCGGCGUUCUGAGGAUUCCAUGUGAGGUUUCUGUGUUCGAAGAGCUUCUGAAGAUGGUGGAGGAAGAUAGGGAUACAUUCUUCAUGCAAGGAUGCUAUUCAGAAAGCCAGCUCAACUUUUACCACCCAGAAAGCCCAAUGUGCAGAUAAUAGUUUGAAUUUUUCUUUUCGGUACUGCUCAUUUAGAUCUCUUCUUCAGAUGAGAAGGAGAAGUAUUUUUACGUUGAGUAUGUAAUGUGUAUAUCAAUCUGAUGCAUUUUAUCAGGCAUCCAAUCCAAUAUCUUAAUCUGUGGGAACUAAAUAUCUAUUCCAACAUCUUAUAGUCAAUCAACAAACAAGCAUUUUCAUCCCAGAACUACUGCAUAUAAUGACUAGCCCGAAAACCAAUUUCAUUGAUGAGUCAAAUGUUAAUGGGGGUAGGAGAAAAUAAAAUGGAAUACUCAUAUCAGUAAUGUUCUCCAAAUAUUGAGCAUGUUAUGUAUUGAGACACUAAAUGUGGAUCAUAAACUCAAACAAUAUCUACUUCAUCAGAUUGGUAGUUUAACAAACGUAACAUAUUAAAAUACUGCAUUUUUUCCGGCAUCCAAUCCGAAGACUCAAAGUCAUAGAUUACCAGUUCUGAUACCAGCACAUACUCGGUUAACCAGUUUCAUUGGAGGUAGAUGUCGAUAGGGUAGGAUAAAAGCAAUUAAUGUACCCGUUUUAUCAUCCCAAUAUGAGUCUUUCACAUGUCUG